AUGAAUCCCGUCCCUACUGAAAGUGGGGCUUUAAGACUGAAACCAGGGAAGGUGAGCAUCAAACCUCCCUGUUGGUGCGAGGCUCAGAGGGAAAGAGUAAAGUCCCAACACCAGGUCAGAGACAUCUUCAGCCCUGGGCAAGGUUUGUCUGAGAAGAUGAUGACCUGCAGGAAGAAGCACCAAAUGAAGCAUAUAAUCACCUGCAGGCAAUAUGAAAAGGGCUGCGACACCUCAGACCUGCUAUCUGAGGCAGAGAAUAAGGAGCUGCCAGAAAAAAGGAGCAGGAAGGCAGUCCAUCGUCUCGGGGACUCUGAUGACAGCGAGGAAGACCCGGGAAAUAGUGACCGCGCAUCGGCAAGCCAAUUGCACAGGCAGACUCCACCGUCUCGCCGAGUGCCAGCAGUCAUGAGUACACAAGGAACGGCAGUCCCUCCUCAACUCCCUCCACCCCCCGCACCAGCAGCCCUCAACAUGUGGCAGACUCAGGAGCCUCAUGCAUCCAGUCUGGCCUACAGGCCAACAUGGCGAGGGGGAAGAAUGGCCGACUACAUCUCCUGCUCUGCGCCUGAGAUGACCCACCUCUUUAGCCUGCUGGAACAUAUGAAGCAGAACCAAGAACAGCUGAUUUUGAAGAUUUCUUCUUUGGCCACCGUUGGAGGCCAGGAUGUGAAGCGGGUGACCUGGAACAUCCUGGGCAGGAUGUUCACAGAUGGCGUUUCACAUCAGAUAAAUUGGAAGGGCGUCAAUAACAAAUAG